UUUGUCAAAAGUUCGACGGAACGUGACUGUAAAGUUGCAGUUUUUUGUCAACAUCACUGUCAAAGUUGACAUUUUAUCUGGUUGAAAUGCUUCCUUAUGGAUCGAUUACAACCAGAAUUGAUACGAGGAGCCAGUAUUUGAAGCAUGUCACGGUACCGAUAGGAAGUCGGCGGAAUCGAUGCAUGAAUGCAAGCCAUUGAUGGGAUUUUGACCCGAAAUUCCAGCCAAUACAGCGAGGAUUUUUGUCGAGGAUUUUAAUAAAGGGCUCAUAUUUGAUGGCCGAACGAUCGUCUUCGUUGGCUUGCAAAAAGUUCUCAGCCAACUUAUUCGACAAGAAUAAAUGUCAGAAUUGCUUUAAACCGAAGGAUGCUCACACCACAAGCCCGACUAUGCCUCAAAGACCGACAAACAUAGAGGUCGGUGUUAAUCGUACGAAAACAACGGUGAAGUCGGGAAACCUAAGCAUCGCCACACAAAUAUCAACAUUACCUAAAAUUCUAGUACAAAAAUGGGAGAAAGCUUGGUUUAUGCUGUACACUUCGGCGAUUUUGGAAUGGUUCUCAACCGAACCGACUACGCCAGGUCAGGUGCCCUUGGGUAGCAUAAAUCUGGAUGACUGCCUUGGCUUGACCAGUGCUGAGUGUGACACAAGCGAACAGUUCACCAUCGGCAUCAAAACCCUUGCAAAGACACAUUACCUGAAAGCAGAAAAUCGCUUGGAAAUGGACAAUUGGUGUCGUGUACUAAAACCAUUCGUCAUUGCUUCUCCUGGGUACAAAUUCAAUAGGAACCAAACUAGUCGAAUGAUGAGCUAUCAUGAUUCUAAAGUUAGCUCCCCAACAAAUAUCGCUCAAGAAAGAAAGACAAGUGUCUCACGAACAGUUUCAGCUCCGUGGAAAGCAGCUUCGACGUCACCAGGCUCAACUAGUAUUCUUACAAAGAGAUGGUCUGCUACAGAGGAACUCUUGACUAAGAGAGAGGCGCCAGACAAUACGAACGAUAAAACAAAAGACUCUGUUGAAACUCAACCAGACCCGGCGUCACAGCCUUACUACGCUGACCUCUACGUAAAACCUGAACCGUCAGCUCCAAAACAGAACGGCGAAACCGGCAGCUCGAUUUUAGCACUUGAAACAGAACUCGCGGAAGCGAAACGCAUCGCAAAACAGAACCAAGCCAAAGCGGAAAUGUGCUCGAAAAGUCUGACGGACACGAAGAAACAACUUGAGAAGGCCAACAACGUUAUAAGCAUUCAGAAGGUGAAUGUUGAAGCCCUAUCGACUGAGGUUGAAACGCUGAAAACGCGAUUAAGGAAAAGCGACGAAAAAGUGGAAAAACGCUUGAAAGAACUUGAAUUUCCUACUUGUAAUGGAAACACACCUCGCGAUAGUAUCGAGUCAGGAUUUAUCAAGCUGCAGUCGAAACUACAGGAGAACGAAAAGGCGUUAAUACGUCGCACGCGCGAGCUCGAAAAGGCGAACGAGAGUCGCAAGAAAGUCGCGAAACACACGCGGGCCCUUCUCCUCGAACUCGAGGGAAAGUUGACCGAGAAUAACAGUCGGAUUACUGAACUCGAAGAGCAGCUUAUGAAUAAAACUUUGGAUCUGCAAUACGAGAAAGAAGAAAGGCAAAGGAUUGAGCAAGAAAAGGGGCAGCUCGCGAAGGAUUUAAGUACUUCUGCUUUGCAAUCAAAACAACGGGAAAUCACGAAGCGAAGUAAUGAAUUGUUGCAACAGGCGAAGGACGAGCAUAAAUUCUCAAAGAAUGAACACAAAAAUCAACAGGAGUUGGAAAUCUUGAACAAGAAACUCGAAGGAAAGAAUUCGGAAAUUGUAAGGUUGCAGGAACAAUUGGCGGCCCUCGACAAAAAAGACGCGGAAUUUCGCGUUCUAGAGAGCGCUUGUAAAAAGGCGGAGGAACAGGUGGAUGUUUUGAGAACGGAGCUGCGGAUGGUCAAUGGUGGGUAUACCAAGGAGAAAACAAAAUGCGGAGAAUUGGAGAGUAGAGUGCAGGAUGCCUUGCUACAGAUGAAAGAAAAAGAACAGGAGAUAAGGAAAAUGAAAGAAAAGAAUUCUGAACUGAAAUCAGAAAUCGAAAGAACACGUCAGGAAUGCGACACGCAAGUAUUACUACUUCAAGAGGACAACGAAACCACUAGAAUGAAAUUAGUUGAAGUACAAGAGGAACUCGACGCUGUACACACUGAAACAGAUGGCAGAAAUCCUGAAUUUGAGGAAUUGUCGCAUGAUUUCGAAGAACUCAAAACGAAAGCGGAGAAGAGUGAAAUUGAACUCGGAAAAUUGCGAGACGUUCAAGUGGAAACAGUUCGUAACUUUAAUAAUGAAAAAAAUAAACGACUUAAACUCGAGACCGAGUUCGGAGAAAAAAUCUUAGAAUUGGAAAAUUCUCAGAAAGAGGUGGAACAAUUCCGAAAAUUGUUAAAGGAAGCGGAGGGGAGGUUUGAGAAGGAGUGUAAACGGGCUAGUGAGCUGGAAGGCUUGUGCAGGAGUAAUAAGGAAGCGAGUGAACUUCAAGUGGCUGCACAGUCGAAAACUUUGAGCGAAUCUCAUGUGAAAGUUAAAAAAUAUGAAAGUGAAAUGGAAGAACAGAAGCGGAUUUUGGAUGAAAAAAACGAGGAAAUAUUGCGUUUGAAUAAGGAGAUGAAGAAACGAAUAAAGAUUGAUGAAAAUAUUUUGAGUGAAAUUGUGGAUAUGGAGUCACGUUUAAAUGAUAGGAACUCUGAAAUGGUUAGCUCAGACUUGAAGGACGAUACUGCCGGGGAUAGAACUAGUGUCUUGGGUGCUGUUGCAUGCUUAGGGAAGAGGGUUGAAGUCCUGAGUAGUUCACUAAGAGAAGAAAAGGAGAAAUGUCGUGUUUUGGAGCAAGAUUUGCAAGCGAAAGAGGUCCCGACAAGAAGAUGUAGCAUUUGUGAAAGAAGGAAAAAUGAGACGACGAGUCUUGCUCAAGAUCUUGAGGAUGUUAAAGCGAAUCAUCGCAAGGAAUUAGAAAGAAUGCAGAAUUCGAUGAACAGCGAAGCGCAUACGUUAAAGAACACUGCGGAGGAGAUGAAAUUGAAACUGACAUCCAAAGUGAUCUUACUGCAGUCGGAUAUAAGCGAGUUAAAGUCGAAACAAGAGCAGGAAAUGGCUCAAGUCAACGAACAACACAAAAAAGAGGUUGAGUCGUGGCGGGAAAAUCUCGACAACAAAGUCGACGAACUCUUUCAGCAGCACAAACAAGACGCUGAAUUAUCGCGGGAAAACCAUCAACAGAAACUGAACCAACUUACUGAACGGCACGAACAAGAUAUCGAGGUUUGGAAAGAGAAACUCGAGGCUUUAAAAGGUUCCAGCGAUGAAGAAAUUGCAAGUGUUCGUGCGAAACUGGAAGGACUUGAAAGGCAACUGUCAAGCGAACGAGAAAGCAACGAACGAAGAAUUGAAACGUUGAAACAAGACUACGAGGCCAGAAGUUCCAAACCUGACGCGAAUAAGGAAGCAGUCGUUACCCUGACGGAGUUUGAAGAAGUUCAAGAGAAACAUACUAAAGAAUUGGAGAAAAUAAAGGAAAAUCAUCGUCGGGAAUUGGAGGAAAACAAGUCUGAUAUGAUGAUGGUCCUACAGGCCCUGAAGUCAGACUCAUAUCAAUCCAGUUCCAUGUCGAGUGAAUCUAUCGAAAUGAAUGACGAAUUGAAGAAGCUUGAACGCUACGUGGAAACACUGAAGAAGGAACACGAACAAGAGAUUGAGAGACUAAACCACGAACACGAGGAAGAUUUAAAGCAACUACGAAGCGACAUGGUCACUUUAUUAAGAGUACAAGAAUCGUACAGGACACCAGAAGAUGAAAAGGCUGAUCCAAACGGUAACGUAGUGGAUCUAGAGGGACAGCUUGCGGCUCUUAGGCGCUCCCACGAAAAGGAAAUUCGCGAGAAAGAAGAGAAACACAAAAUCGAGGUAAAUCAACUUAAAUCCGAUAUGCUUGUUGCCAUCCAAGCCGCGUCAGCGGUCGGCUCCGUUAGUCCCAAGGCUACUACCCCGCCUGACGAGAGAGUGGCUGAGCUGGAAACGUACAUUACGAACCUGGAACGCGAUUUUGAAGAUGAACGCGAGAACUUGCAGAACACCAUUAAGAAGGCAGAAUCCGCGACGAAGUUUGGUCUGAGACGAAACGAGGAAAUGAGCAAUAAAAUUUACCAAAUGCAACGAGAGAUGGAAGAGAUUGACAGUAAAUACCAAAAAGAAGUGAAGCUCUACAAGGAAGCCUUUGAUCAGGAGAAAAACAGGAAGACAACUAUAGGAGCAGUUCCGGGGAUUUUGGCUGAAAAUGAGAGCCUCAAGGUAAAACUUCAGGAGCUAGAACUCUCCAUGGAACAAAUGCAAGUGCGAUACGAUGGCGAAAUCAAACGAUACAAAGAGAAAUUUCAGCAGGAAAAUGUGAUCAGUGUCGAGGAACUUCAUCUGAAGAUCAAGUCAUUGGAAGAUUCAAUUGAACAGAUGAGAUUGGAACACGAGACGGAGUUGGAACGAUAUACGAAGGCCGUGAAGAAAGGAAAAGUGUCGCUAUCCAGCACUGCGAAGGAACGGGAUUUGGAGAGAAAAAUUGAUGAUUUAGAGUCGACUGUUAAUCUCAUGAGGCAAAAGCAUCGUGAAGAGGUGCGUAAAUACCGCGAGAGGCUUGAGGACGAGAUGGAGCGUCAUCGGAAGGAAGUGCAGGAGUCACGUGCAAAGCUACGUAAACUCGAGGCUGACACGCGACAAAUGGAAGAUUUUAGAAAUAAAAUCACGGAAUUUGAGAACAAAAAUAGCAAGCUUUCGAAGGAAGCAAGCAAAUGCAAAGAACAAGAGAUUGAAUUGAAUGAAACAAGAAGUAAAAACAGAGAAUUACAACGGCAGAUUGAUACAUUGAAACGCAAGUUAGACAAACUCGAAGCAGCGGAGGAGACUAGUAACGAGUCUUCGGUUACCAGUGGCAGGAGUAAGCUGCCGCGGUAUAGUUCGUUGGAUAACAUUGGCCUGAGCUCGUCAGCCAGGACUAAGAUCCAAUCAGGAGGAGAGGCUGGAGAAUCAGCGAAGAACGAGGACGAUGUUUUCGAAAUGAAUAAUAACUCAGGGAAAUCCGAGAUUGGAGGCUAUAAACUUAAUCCAACUCUGAAGCGUCCUGCGUCCGUAUCUGCCUUUCCAAUUCAAACUGAUAAUGGGACGCGGAGAGCCGCUUAUAGUGAAAAGAGACGUGACAGUGGGUCAACUUCAAACAGGCCUUCAUAUCAACCAGCCUAUAUAAAGAGUUCGGCGAGUUCAUCUAGCCUGAAAUGAAGUUGAGUACAACAAGACUUAGUAUAUCAUGUACUCAGGGAAUGGGAAAUUUCCAAAAGAUUUAUAGAUUUGUGUAUAUUUUGAGGUAGUUUUUUUUGUAUUGGGCAUAAGUCUGUGAGAAUGGUCUGUGUGAGUUAAACGUAGAUAAAUUAUUCAUCCAUACGCCAAAAGACGAAAGGAGUUGUUUAUCUCAACGACCGAUUCGCUAAGUCUUAUCAGUAGUAAUGAUUCCAUAAACCAUUUCAAAUGUAAAGAUAUAGUUGUUAGUAUAUAUUAUACACCGGCUAACGGGCUACUCUGGGUGUAGAGUUGAAACCAUAUAUAUUAUUUAUAUAAGACUGUUUCAGCGUGGACGAAUUUGUUGUAAUAUAUUAAGAUGUGUGUCUAUUUUUGCAUCUGUAACUUAUAACGUGUGUACAAAGAUAUAGUAAAGCCAUUAUUUUGCA